UUCUAACUUCCAAUUUUUCAAAAAUAAAUUUUCAAAUUUCUAAGCUCUUGAAUUAAAAAAUUUGAAAUCUUGAUGUACGUCUACUGAUUCCUCAGUAAGUAAUUCUAGUGUCCAUCACUGAUGCUCUACAGUUAUUCCUCUAAAAAAGAAACGCUAGGUCCAAUAAAUGUAUACGAUCCAUUUGGGUAGUUUAUCCCCGGCAAUAGAAUCCAAAGCGGGCAGCAUUUACCGCCCGUAUAAAUUUACACUAACGUGUAAACCUGUUUCGUGUAAAACAUGUUUGCCAUAACUAUAAAAUAUAACGAUCCUUCCAUUAUCAAUCGUCUUCCUUGUUAUUAACUUAUUUUGUACAUGAUACAUAGCGGUGUUGAUACAAAUGUACUUAUAUUGCUAUUUGGACACCAAAGAUAUAAUUUCUCCUCUCUUGUAAUACAUAGUAUCAAAAACCUUAACACCGUAUUCUUCAACUAUGAAAUUAUCUUAACCUAUGCGAUGGACUUAAUCCUAACCUAAACAGUUGCCAGUCACAGAAUAUAAAAAGAGAAGCAACCAAAAAUAAAACGACGUAAAAAUUACGCAAAUAAAAAAUAAAAUGUUCAUCGCAAAUAAAAAAUAUGUAAAAUAUAAUUUUGUUAAAAAGUGAAGUGAGUACACUCUUUGGGGUCCAAAUAUACACACACGUGAUUCGGAUAUAUUUAACUCGUAGUUGGCACUCUUUAGCAAAGUAUAAAUGACAACUGAAGUGACCUGUUUCUUCUUUCAAAAGUUGCUAACUUUAAUCUGAACGAUCGGUAGCAUUAAUAGAUAAAAAUACGAAGUUCAUCCGAUCAUCCUGUCGGAUCGCGUUUUCUUUAAUAACUGGCUUCCUUCAGGUUUUAUGACAGGCAGUGGAAUCGUUAAUACCGUUGAGAUUAUAGAGAGGAACGGGAAGACGAAAUGGUGGCUUGCUCGACACAUUUUCAAUCUUCCGUAUUGAAUCUUAAGUGUUACUAAUCGUAAGAUCGUAAGGCUGACCUCCUACGUCUGAUAGGACGAUUCAAGUUGAGAUUAUUCGAAGGAGAGAAAAUUAUUUAUUUGUUUACGAAUAACGAGGCCGUUCGCGAAUUCCGUAUUUCGGGCGAAAUUUUGGAUCACUCCAACGACUAUCAUUGUAACGCGGCGACGAUCACCGCCCGAAUGUGCGACCCCGUCUAAAGGUGCACGAGUAUGUACUAUAUUGAUUAAAGCAGAAAAUACUACAACAAACCAUAGUACUUACGAUCACGCUAAUCAUCUGCGAUCAGUAAACAUUACAACUAACGAAAUCGAACGUAUUGUGCAUUAUAUGUCGGGAAAGAAAUAAAAUCAAAAUCAACCGAUUGUUAUCACAUCUUUUUAUUCUCACAUAUCCAACUUCCUAACGUCCUCACUUCAAAUCUUUUAAAUGACAUGAAAACACUCAAGUCACACAUAAAUAAUAAAGUAUAUAUAGUACAGUAACUUAAUCUUUCGGGCGGUAAACCCUACCGUUACCAUACUGUUCAGACAGUACUAAUUUCGACGUGAACCAUGUACCACAUUAGUUAUUAUUUAAAUGAGAUCGGGUUGAAAUUCCUUUGAGCACUAAAUUUACCAACAAAAACAAGUUACAAGAUCUGUAUCUUUCUACUCUCCAGAAAAUCGUACUUCAAUUUUUCAACAGUUCAAAAGUCCCGCUCUUCAAUUGUCCUAUUCCUUUAAGCACACACGCUGUUUCUACUCGUGAUCGUAGAUGGCAGCACCGCCAUCGUGCAACAGUUCCAUGAGAGUUAUCUCGCUAGGUAAACGCAUUCGCUAUGUUCUGUUUACAGUAUUACGGUCGCGUCCAUCAUCGUCGUUAGGUACACCCGUUUCCCCGCUUCUUCCGUUCAGUAUUAUUAUGUUCCGCACGAUUUAUGGAUGAUGUCCGAAAGCGUGGUGCGUUCGCGUGUUUCCAAAGGUUGCUUCGCGUGACGAUUAACUUGAAAAGUGACGAUCGACGCACGACUACGCAGCUAUGAUUCCGUGUUACGCGAUGGUUAAUGCUCUUCUGGUGGCCUUGCUGAGUGUCAGUGCUCUUCACGCAGAAGAUCCCUUGGCACAUCACGGAAGAUGCGAACCGAUCACGAUCAAUCUGUGCAUGAACUUACCGUACAACGAGACGAUCAUGCCGAACCUGAUGAACCACCAAAAGCAAGAGGACGCCGGUCAAGAGGUGCAUCAGUUUGCGCCGUUGGUCAAAAUGAAAUGCAGUCCAGAUCUUCGUUUCUUUCUAUGCACAGUGUACGCGCCUGUAUGCACCAUCAUCGACAGGGCUUUACCCCCGUGCAGAUCGUUGUGUGAGAGCGCGAGAGCAGGGUGUGAACGUCUGAUGAACAGUUUUGGCUUUGCCUGGCCGGAAAAUCUUGAUUGUUCGAAGCUACCGGUGAACGGUGGAGCGGAACUUUGUGUCGGUCACAAUGAUACUACACCAACGGAAUCGCCGAUUUAUGCACCACCACAUAUGCCAGUAGUCGAAUUUCAACCCUCCUGGACGGGAGGACGCAAACCGUAUAGCAAUGGCCCCAUACUAGGUGCCAGGGACUUCGGUUUCGUUUGUCCGAUACAAUUCAAGGUCCCGCAAGAACUCGGUUACUCGUUGAAGGUCGGCGAUAAAGUUGAGCCGAAUUGUGGCGCACCUUGCGAUGGGAUGUUUUUCACCGAGAAGGAACGGAGAUUUUCGAGGGUCUGGGUCGGUACCUGGGCAUCCAUCUGCGCGGCCUCUUGUUUCUUCACCUUCCUUACGUUUCUCAUUGACACUGAUAGAUUUAGGUAUCCAGAAAGGCCAAUCAUCUUUUUGUCCGUGUGCUACCUCAUGGUAGCAUUAGCCUAUGUGAUUGGUUGGGCAGCUGGUAAUUCUAUCUCGUGCAGAGAACCCUUUACGCCUCCAUUAAAUAUGGAACUUCAAAGGGUAUCAACAAUAACACAAGGCACCAAGUAUGAACUGUGCACUGUACUUUUCAUGGUACUUUACUUCUUUGGAAUGGCAUCUAGUAUAUGGUGGGUUAUCCUAACCCUGACAUGGUUCCUGGCAGCUGGAUUGAAGUGGGGUCAUGAAGCAAUAGAAGCCAACUCACAAUAUUUUCACUUAGCAGCUUGGGCUGCACCAGCAAUAAAAACAGUUACUAUUCUUGCAAUGGGAAAAGUAGAAGGAGACAUAUUAUCAGGUGUUUGUUACGUGGGACUUUGGAAUGUUGAAGCUCUACGUGGAUUUGUCCUGGCACCGUUAUGUGUCUACCUUAUUCUUGGUACCGCAUUUUUGUUGGCUGGAUUUGUUUCGCUUUUCCGAAUACGUACAGUUAUGAAACACGAUGGUACAAAGACUGACAAACUAGAGAAAUUAAUGAUUCGUAUCGGCAUAUUUUCUGUACUAUACAUAGUUCCUGCAUUGAUUGUCAUUGCUUGUUUAUUCUAUGAACAAGCGUAUUUUGAUCAAUGGAUGUUGACUUGGAAUAUGGAGAUGUGUUCAAGUCCAAAACUGCAAUCUUUGUAUUCCAUGCCGUGCCCUGUUGGCGAGCGAACCCGCGAUGUUGGGAGGCGACCAGAGUUCGAGGUAUUCAUGAUAAAAUAUUUAAUGGCUAUGAUUGUUGGUAUAACAAGCAGCUUCUGGGUAUGGUCAAGCAAAACGUUGACCAGUUGGCGACAGUUUUUUAAUCAUAUACAAGGACGACGCGCCGAGGCGUAUGUUUAAAGACUUUUUUUUAGAAAAGAUCUGCCUUUCUUAAUUACAUAAAAGAACGAUGCGCUGAAGCGUAAGUUUAAUGACUUAAUUCAAGAAAAAAAAGAUUUAUUACUAUAUCUAAUCAUUGAUUAUCGCGUGCUCAAAUAACUAAUUAAAUUGACAAAAAAAAGUACGUAUAUAUAUAUACGUAUUCUAUUGCAGCUAACAAUAAUGUUCGAUCUAUAUGAAGCAGAAAUGUUAUUAAGUUCAAUUCGUCGUAAACAGAUCUGAAUACGGAGACUUGCAUUUUUAUAUAAUUUUUAUAUCUUAUCAGUGCAUUGUAAAGAGCAAUGAGAAUUAUAUGAAUGUACCGUGCCAAAAUAUUUUUUUACCUAAAUGGUUGUACGUUUGUUUAAGCUAUUUGUGAAUUUUUUCUGUUGUAUUUUUACAACAAAAAUGUUAGAAAACUAAUCGUUGUGUUAGUUUGCAAGUAUUAUUAGACAAUGUUUAAAUCAUAUUUUUAAGUACUAAAACUUUUUUUUUAUAUAUUAACAGAAUCCAUAAUCUAAUAUCUUAUUAUUUAAGUUAUGAAUGCUCAAACUGUUUGCAGACAAUGUGUUCAGUGUGUAUAAGUGUACUUUCCUGCCAUGCACAAAACAGUGGGGUACUAUUUGUAUGUCUGAUCGUAGUUUCAAACCUGUUUCACUUUGGGUUUGAUCGAUACACAAACAAUUACGCUUACUAAUUCUCGCGAACAAUUUUUAUAUUUUUUACAAAACAUCUUGAGAGAUAUUUUACGAUAUUCGAUUAAGCAUUUAAGAUCAUUGAAAAUCUUGUGUUCAACCAAUUAUAAAGAAUCUUCCGAGGCUUUUCCGUUUUCUAAUGUAACUUUUUGAACCUUGCCUUUGCAGGUUACAAUUAAAGGCGAGUGUAUCUUUGAAAGAUGUAAAAUUACAUUGUAAGACAUAGGUAAUGCCCUAGGUAAACUAAAUUGUAUAUACCUACAUUUAUUAAUUUUACUAUGUACUAUAAUAUAUUUUUUAAAAAACUUAUGUACAUAUACAUGUCCGCCAAAUAAUUGGCAUUUUCGUAUGUUUCCUAUGCGUAAUCAAAUUAAUGGAUAACUCGAUUAAUCGGAGUCAUUCGAAUCCGAAAAUGCUCGGUAAUGAUUUCGCAAUCGAGCGCGACCGUUGUUCCAAUAUGAUUAAUGAAUUCGUCCAUUGAAACUGUCGAGCUUUUGUGUAUGUCAUGUAUUUACGGCGACUAAUAAAAGAAGAUAAACAUAAACGAGAAAAAGGAAAAUCAAACUGCUGUAGUAAGGUUUCGUUAUAUGGCUCUGAGGGUGUGAAGAUUGAAAAAAUAUAUAAGUAGAAUUUUUUUUAUACGCUUAAUUGUUAAAAAUAUGUAGCUGGCGAGUUGUAUAUUUAUAAAUUUGGUGAACUUAAAAAUCUUGAAAAAAGAAAGUCCAUUUAAAAGGGAUCUCAUUCGCGGGGCCAUAUAAUGAGACUACUAUGUUAAGACAGCCGUACUUACAUUGUAGUAGAUGCGCAAAAAAAUAUAUAUAUGAAAUAUACGUGACGUUGUGUAAAGUAAUUGCAACUAUUCUUUAUAAUAAUAAACCGAAAUAUAUCUAUAUACAAAUA